AGUUUGCUUCGCUCUUCAUCACACCUAAAACUCCAUCCCAUAAUUCAUCUCCUCCUCUUCCCUUUCUCUCCAUUAAUCCCUCAAAGUCAAUCGUUAAUCAUCUGAAAAUCCAUCAAUCUUGGAUUUUUUUCCCCUGAAUUUUCUUGAAUUUCCGGGUCAAACCAACCUGAAAGCUAGAACCUGCCUUCACCUACCAAUAUUCUUUCAUUUUUUAUCAUCUGGGCACUGCCCAAAUUCUCAAGAGGACCUCAAAUUUAGCUCCGGAGCCCUAUGAGUCCCAGGGGAAAUUCACAAGAGGCGUUACUGAGCCAGCUCAGUGAGACAAUACGGACAGUUUCUACUCUUCCCGAGUGCAGAGCGGUAGUCAAGAAGAUCUAUUGUAAUUUGGUUAGGAGAAUCAAGUUAUUAAGCCCUCUGUUUGAGGAAUUGAAGGACGGUGAAGAGGAGCUCCAGGACGAUGUCGUAAGAGGGCUUGAGCUGUUGAGAAUUGCUCUUAACUCGGCUCUGGAGCUUCUUAAAUCAGUCCAUGAAGGCAGUAAGAUCUUACAGGCUCUGCAGUUGGAACAAAUUACAGUCAAGUUUCAUCAGAUAACAGAACUGAUUGAAGAAGCACUAUGUCACGUUCCUUACACGACGCUUGAUAUAACAGAGGAAGUUCAAGAACAGAUUGAACUUGUGCAUACACAAUUCAGAAGAGCAAAAGGAAGAAUGGAGUCACCUGAUUUACAACUUGAAAUGGAUUUGACUAUAGCGCAGAGGGAAAGAAACCCUGAUCCUGCAAUUUUAAAGAGGCUAUCAGAGAAGCUACAUCUUAGAACUAUAAAUGAUCUAAAGAGAGAAUCACUUGCUAUCCAUGAUAUGGUUAUUACACAUGGCGGGCUUCCUGAUGAGCGCUUUGAAACAAUGUCACUACUCCUAAGAAAGCUAAAGGAUUGUGUAUUGAUGGAGAACCCCGACUUUGAUGCCCCUGAAGGUGACAAGAGCUUUGUGAAGCUCAGGUCCCCGGUUAUCCCAGAUGAUUUUCGUUGUCCAAUAUCGCUUGAGCUUAUGAAAGAUCCUGUUAUUGUAUCAACUGGACAGACAUAUGAAAGAUCCUGCAUACAAAAAUGGCUUGAUGCAGGACACAAAACAUGCCCCAAGACUCAGCAGACUUUAUUGCAUACAGCCUUAACGCCUAAUUAUGUUUUAAAGAGUCUAAUUGCUUUCUGGUGUGAGAGCAAUGGUGUUGAGCUGCCUAAAAAGCAAGGAAGUUGUAGAAAUAAAAGAUCAGGAGUUGGUGGUUCAGAGUGUGACCGAGCCGCUAUUGAUGCUUUGUUACAGAAACUUGCAAAUGGUAAUCCUGAAGAACAACGAGCAGCUGCUGGUGAACUUCGCUUGCUGGCAAAAAGAAAUGCAGAUAAUAGAGUCUGUAUUGCUGAGGCUGGAGCAAUACCGCUACUCGCUGAACUACUAGGCUCGCCAGAUUCUCGGACUCAGGAACAUGCCGUUACAGCACUUCUCAACCUGUCGAUAAAUGAGGCCAACAAGGGAACUAUUGUAAAUGCUGGUGCCAUACCUGAUAUUGUGGAUGUGCUGAAAGUUGGAAGCAUGGAAGCAAGAGAAAAUGCAGCAGCUACCCUUUUCAGUUUGUCGGUUGUUGAUGAGAACAAGGUUGCAAUAGGAGCAGCUGGGGCCAUCCCAGCACUUAUUGACUUACUCUGCCAAGGGACCCCAAGAGGAAAGAAGGACGCAGCCACUGCCAUAUUUAAUCUUUCAAUCUAUCAAGGAAACAAAGUGAGGGCAGUUAGAUCAGGGAUUGUGCCACCAUUAAUAGGAUUGCUGAAGGAUCCUGGCGGUGGAAUGGUAGAUGAAGCUCUUGCAAUAUUGGCCAUACUUGCUAGCCAUCCAGAGGGGAAAGUGGCAAUUGGUCAAGCUGACCCAAUCCCGGUAUUGGUAGAGGUCAUUCGGACCAGCUCUCCACGCAACCGGGAGAAUGCUGCCGCUAUUCUGUGGUCAUUGUGCACAGGCGAUGGGCAAUACCUGAAAUUAGCUAAAGACCUUGGGGCAGAAGAGGUUUUGAGGGAAUUGUCAGAGAGUGGCACUGAUAGGGCUAAAAGAAAAGCAAGCAGUGUAUUGGAACUUCUCCAGCGAGUUGAACCAGUUAGUUCGUGACAUUCAGUUGAAGGUUCAGAUAUUUUUUUUCUUUCCAAGAUAGACGAGUUUAAUGUGCCACUUCACUUAAGCUAGUCACUGCCCACGUAGAAGUUCCAUUGGAAGAUGUAGAUGUAUGAAAUCACAUCCUGUAUAAAGCGAUAGAAUCCCGCCACUCCGUGGGGUUCCCUUGCCUCUAUCACUUCUUGGUUAUGUUAAAGCCAGUCCUGGAAUUGAAAGGUAUGCUGAGAAAGAGGCAUGAAGGGAGUUAAAUGAUUGAUGUGUAAAAUUGUAUCUUGACCAUGAGGAAGGUGGUGGAUUCCGAGUUAAUUGUGAGGACAUCUAUUGCUGAUCCUGGAGCCAUGGAAUUAACAUUGGUCAAAACAGGAUGCUUUGAAAUGCCAAGGGAACACUAAGCGUGGUUGUUUGGCUGUUAAUUUAUAUUCCAGGUGGAAAUUUCAGUCCUCAAGAUGUGCAUAAUAGCUGUUUCAGUGUAUUAAAACUUUUUGCACACAGAAACAGGUCAUUUUGUAACUCUCUCUUUCAGAGACACUCUUGAACAUAGCUGCCACUGCUCCGAGGACAGACCUCCAUUUGUAGAAAUUUUUGUUAAGAUCACGUUAUUGUUAAAGGCUUUCUGUUUUACUAUUUCCA